AUGGCCUUUAACUCCAAUUUUAUCCCGACAACACCCAGUAGUGAUGACGACAAAGAGCACCAGGAGUGGCCUACGCACACUGCACACAUUUCCCACACUGAGCACCACCCCCUACGACCACGGCCAAUCCACAUACUUGACCAACAGCGUCCGUCACACGGCACCGGCCAUGCAUACGCUGACCACAACCUGGUCGGCCCAAUUGUCAACGGCGCUAGAUCCGUCGCGGAUGGGUGGAACCUUAAUCACCACAAAUCACGGAAUUUCCCGGCUGAGAAAUCGUCCAGUCCGCCGGCCUUCGACGACGCAGAGAGAAUCGUCAAUACCCAGAAUCUCCAGUGCGCUCCAGCUGCUCGGCGGCUUGCCUGUCCCUUCUAUCUCCACGCACCCCAACUGCACCUCAACUGCGCCAACAAGAGGUUUGCCUUCCUCAGCAGAGUCAGGGAACACAUCUCUACGCACACGUAUCCGUUCCAAUGUGACCGCUGCCACGGUUAUUUUUCGCGGCAGUUCACCCUGAAGCGCCACAAUAAUACGUGUGGUGGCCAAAAGUCGAAGGGUCGUCAAGCGGGAAUGCCUUUCCUGCAUGGCGCCCUGGUAGAGAUGUGCAGAGUCGAGGACAUGGUGAAGGUCCUCGAGAGUGAAGUGUGCGAUGCAUGAUGUUGUAUGUUGUGUGUUCCGGAGUUGAUGGCGUGAAGUCUGGCGGGAACAGGGGUGCGCCACUCUCGUUUAUUUUCGGUUGGCUUCUGAAUUGGCGCAUAACUAGUAGAUAGCGGAAGUCUGGAUAUGGUACUUAUCUACAUCUUACUUAAUGAUUAAGCGCGAAAUGAAUCAUGAUUCUUCUACAU